AUGUCAGGCAGAAAUUUGGCGUUUAAACGUAAUGCCUCUCAAGUAUCGAUUCAUAAAGACUGUUUUCAAAAUGAAUGUAAAGCCAAAAAUGCUGUUGAUGGGAUAACUAAUGAGUGGUUUUGGAACAAAUGCAGUUUAAGCUCUGACGAAGAGAAUCCUUGGUGGAAUGUAGAUCUUGGUAUUGAAGCGAUAAUUCAUAACCUUCAUAUUGUGGGUUUUAAAGAUGUCAAACAAACGUAUCAAAUUGAAAUAAAAAGCAGUACAGGUAUUAAUAAUUUCCAUCGUGUGGUUACUGCAGCAGCGAAUGUGGACACAAAUAUAAAUGUGAUUGGCAGAGUCGUUAACUUGACGAGGGAAGUGAAAGGACGGUUACACAUAUGCGAAGUUUAUGUUUAUGACGAUUGUCAGGAGAAUAUGUGCGGAUACGAUUGCAAGAAACCUUGUCAUUGUCGAGAUGCAACAAUAUGGGACAAGCUAUCAGGAAAUUGUUCCAAUGGGUGUACUGACGAGUGGGAAGGUUCUCAGUGUAACAUACAAGCCGAAGAAACCUUUGAUUGUGCGAGUGGGCGAUAUGGACGAAAUUGCAUGAACCGCUGUAAUAAGAACUGCAAAGGAGACCAACGUCGCUUUUGUAGCACUACUGAUGGAAGUUGUUUUGGAGGUUGUAACGAUGGAUGGAAAGGAAACUUGUGCGAUGAAGCUUGCUAUGAAGGUUAUUAUGGUCAGAACUGUUCUACCAAAUGUAGUGACUAUUGUCAUGGCGGGAAAGGAUACUGUAACAAAAUUGAUGGAAACUGCAAAUUUGGAUGCAUGAUUGGAUGGACAGCACCUUUGUGUGACCAAGCAUGCUCCAGUGGAAUGUAUGGACACAGAUGUGCGUAUAAAUGUAGUCAACAAUGUGAUAAACAGGAAUGUAACAAUACUGAUGGGCGGUGUACCCGCGGCUGCAUACCAGGAUGGACAGGAGAGAAAUGUCGAAAACCAUGCUCCAGUGGAAUGUAUGGACACAGAUGUGCGUAUAAAUGUAGUCAACAAUGUGAUAAACAGGAAUGUAACAAUACUGAUGGGUGGUGUACCCGCGGCUGCAUACCAGGAUGGACAGGAGAGAAAUGUCGAAAACGUGUGUACUCAUUUAAUCUUAAAUACAUUAUAGCAAGUGUCUGAGGAAUAAAGAUAAUUUCAUAUUAACUUAUAUUAUCAUAACAUUCUUUCUAAAAUUGGUUGGUGACCUUUAUGGUUUUUAUUAGCUAGGUUAUCUAUAAGUUUCUCAUUUUAUUAAAGUAACUGUCAAUGAAAUAUUGUUCAUGUGUACCUUUUUAUAGAUGAAGCAGGUAAACCCAACCAAGAAUUAAACAUCAUAAUAAUGAAUUAUUUUCAGGUACGUGUAUUGAAAAAAAAUAUGUCUGGGAUACAGUUAAUAUAUACGCGGUUUGACCGUUUCGUUUGUUUACACCCCAAUAAAUUUAUGAACAAGAUGCAAGUAAAAUUCAAUGAUGAAUUCAAAAAUGAAAAAGAAAAUAUACGUUGGCGCGUUGGUUUUUUUGCAAAAUGGCAGUUUCCAUGUUAACGGUAUAUCUCAAAACGGUCAAAAAUUGGCCACAUUUUCUAUAAAAAUAAAAAAAAUGUUUUAGAUAGCUAAAUAUACACAACAAACAUUAUUUUGUACAUAUAUAACUUGAUCAUUUAAUUCUAUAUGAAGUAAACAAUAAAUUGAACAUAUAUCUUUACAAAAUGACUUUUACAUAUUUCUGAACUUGACAAAAAAUGAGAAAAAUCAAUAUGAAUUCUGUAAAAAAAUAAAGAUAUCAAAAAAAUCCUUUCAUAGAAUUUUCUAUAUCCUUUAUAUCUUAUGUAAAAUUCAAUGGUGAAUUCAAAAAUGAAAAAAAAAUAUGUUGGCGCGUUGGUUUUUUGCCAAAUGGCAGUUUCCAUGGUAACCGUAUAUAUCUCCAAAAUUUCAAAAUUGCCACAUUUUCCUUAUAAAUCAAUAAAAAGGUACAAGGCAACUUAAUAUCAACAACAAACAGGACUUCAUACAUAAAUAUCUUUAUCUUUUGAUGCUGUAUUGAUUUAAGAAUAAUCAAAACAUAACUUUUUCUCUACAAAAUAAGUUUUUCAUAUUUCUUCACGAAACAAAAAAAUGAGAAAACUGAACAUGAAUCCUGUAAAUAAA